CUGAUGUGUAAUGAGAGGAAGAUAGCAACGUAAAUGAAGUUUCCUUCACUCACUCGAAUUUCAUGUGAUCUACGGCCCACCCCAUUUACUAUUAUUUCCAAAAACUCCAACAAAAACCCCCCCAUCAUCAUCAUCUUCCUCAUUUCUCAAAUUUGCAUUUCCAAUGACAACAAUGGCGGAUACAGAAUAUUCAUCUACAAACAACAGGAAGAACUCCAAUACACAGCUCUUAGAAGAACUUGAAGCAUUAAGCCAAACCAUAUACCAAUCCCACACUUCCACUUCCACUUCCACUUCCACUUCCACUACUACUACUACCAAAAGAAGAACACCUUCUCUAGCUCUUUUACUUGAUGAUCCAAAAAACAACCACAAUCCAAACCCUACUAAACCCAGAACAAGGCGCAUGUCAUUAACCCCAUGGCGAUCACGAUCCCACUCUCACUCCCAGACCCGUCCUAACGAUCAGAUCAAAGAUCAACCAUCUCAGAAUGAAGUCAACAGAUUUACAGACAACAAUCCAUCUUCAGAUAAGAAAGGAAGUAUCUGGAAUUGGAAACCAAUUCGUGCUCUUUCUCAUAUUGGCAUGCACAAGAUGACAUGUUUGUUCUCCGUUGAAGUUGUUACCAUUCAAAACCUUCCUGCUACUAUGAAUGGUCUCAGGCUAUCUGUUUGUGUACGAAAGCGAGAGAGUAAAGAUGACGCAGUAAACACUAUGCCUUCACGGGUUUCUCAAGGGGUGGCGGAUUUUGAAGAGACUUUGUUUAUAAGGUGUAAUGUUUAUUGUGGAAAUGCUCAUAGCAAAUUCGAGGCUAGACCGUUCUUGAUUUAUGCUUUUGCUGCUGAUGCACCUGAGCUUGAUUUCGGGAGAACCUCUGUUGAUCUUAGUCGAAUGAUUGAUGAAUCAGUUCGAAUGAGCUCGGAGGGCACAAGGGUUAGGCAGUGGGAUGUGAGUUUCAAUCUAAAUGGGAAAGCUGAAGGAGGUGAGCUUGUGUUGAAGCUUGGAUUUCAGUUGAUGGAGAAAAAUGGGGGAAUUGGGAUUUACAGUAGUCAAUCUGGUAAUGGUAGAAGAAACUUGGCUUCUUUAUCUGCUCGUAGACAGUCGAAAGGAUCCUUUAGCAUCGCGAGUCCCAGGCUAUCGGAGGAUUGGAGGCCGUCGAAUUCUGCAAGAAGAGCCGACUUACAAGUGAUAGUUGAUGAUCCAGCACCCGAAGUUGAUUUACUUGAUUUUGAUGUAGUGGAGAAAGGGGUGGAGAUUCAGGAGAAGAAAUUGGUUUCCGGGGAGAUUGUAAAGGAAGUUGUUCAAGAUCGAGUGAUGUUGAAUAGGCUGUCGGAGCUGGAUUCGAUUGCUCGACAGAUUAAAGCUCUUGAAUCAUUAAUGGUUGGAGAAGAAAAGUCUAUGAAGAAAACAGAGGAGGCGGAGUCACAGAAAUUGGAUUCAGACGAAGAAACAGUAAGUAAAGAAUUCCUUCAAAUGCUUGAAGAUGAAGAUGCUAAGGAAUUCAAACUGAAUCAAAUCGAUCAUGUCUCUUCAAUGAAACUUGACGAUUCGGAAGAAGGAGAAGAAUGUAAGGUUUUCCUCCCUGAUCUUGGCAAAACUUUAGGUUGUGUAGUGCAAACUAAAGAUGGAGGAUACUUAAUCUCAAUGAAUCCUCUUGACAAUGAAAUGGAGAAGAAAGACACUCCAAAACUCGCAAUACAGACAUCAAAACCAUUAGUUCUGACAUCAAUGAACAAAUCAGUAGAAGGAUUUGAGCUGUUUCAAAGAAUCGCAGGAUUAGGAUAUGAAGCCCUAAAUUCCGAGAUUUCAUCUCUAAUGCCAAUGGACGAAAUCAUUGGAAAAACCGCCGAACAAGUAGCGUUCGAAGGUAUCGCUUCCGCUAUAAUCAACGGAAGAAACAAAGAAGGCGCUAGUUCAAGCGCAGCCCGGACUAUAUCCGCCGUCAAAACCAUGGCAACGGCAAUGACAAACGGGAGGUCCGAUAGAAUCUCAACUGGAGUUUGGAACGUUGGAGAAGAUCCACGUUCAAUAGAAGAAACCCUAGCAUUCUCAAUGCAGAAAAUAGAGGAAAUAACAAUAGAAGCAUUGAAAAUACAAGCAGAAAUGGCGGAAGAAGACGCACCGUUCGAUGUUUCGCCAAUGAAUCAGAUUCAGUCAUUAGCAUCUUUGGUGUCAUCGGAGAUAUCCGAUAGUUCUUCAUCGUCGAUUAGUAUAAUCGUAGUCUUGCAGUUGAGAGAUCCGAUUAGACGAUACGAAGCGGUUGGAGGUCCAAUGAUAGCGUUGAUUAAUGCAACUAAGGUUGCUGAUGAUGAUGACGAUGAUGAACGGGAGAGGAGAUUGAAGAUUGGAAGCUUACAUGUUGGAGGAAUGAAAGUGAGAAGUGGAGGGAAGAGUGAGAAGCAGAGGUUAACUGGUAUGCAAUGGCUGGUAGGUUAUGGAUUGGUGGGGAAGAAAAGGAAGCAGAUUCCGCCAUCUUCGUCGUCUUCUUCUUCUUCAAGAGAUGAAGAUUUAUUUUGGAGCAUAUCAUCAAGAGUUGUGGCUGAUAUGUGGCUCAAACCUAUUAGGAAUCCAAAUGUCAAACUCACCAAUUAGAACUUCUCUUUUCAUUAAAUACCAUAUCUUUCAAAAUUCAAAUAAUUUUGUGAGGACCUUUAUUUUUCUUAUUAUUGUUUUUGCUAGAUUAAAUAAAGAAGAUGUUGAAAUAAAUUGUGGACACAAAAAGAGUG